AUGCAAUGGGUUCAAUGGAUCACUUCGGGUGGACUAGCGCUUAAUGCGACAAUUGCCGACUGCUUGGCUUCAAGUUUGUGGAGUCUCAUUGCAGCGCCACCCCUGAUCAUCGCCUUUCGAUCGAAAUUGUGGUGCCAUGCCGUGAUGCUGGAGCAAAUGGCAAGCUUCGACUACCGGGCCGCGCAGUGCACCUUGCAGUCGGACCGUGAUUUGGUGGAGCAGCAAAUCCAGGAAGUCUUUCGUCCCCAAGGGCUGCACGCGCAGGAUGCGGAUGAGAGCUCUAUGGGAUGGACAGCAGCGGCCUGCGACACGGAGGCAGCAACAUCCUUGCAGUCUUUCAAUGCGUACGUCAAGGGUCCUUUGCGAGAUGCUGUGCUACAAAGCAUCGGAGAUGAGCUCUAUGUGCCUUACUGGCUUUGCUUGAUAACUGGUUUGCCUAUAGCUUUCCUCUCCUCAGCGGAUUUCCUGUCGUGCAUUGAUGAAACCUGCUUCCAGAAGCUUGGCUAUUCCGGUCCGGGUGCCUUUCUCCUGUCAGAAGUGACGGGAUGGACGAUGACAGUCUUUUUGAUUCUUCCCAUCUUCUACCCCUGCUGUCUCCGAAUGCUGAAGGGCGCACUGUCCAUACAGUCUCGAUGCUUGCGGCUCAUUCUGGUGGUCUUAAGCGUCUUUCUGGCGUUUGUCUACACGUACCUCCUGUUCGAUCUUGAUUUCGACCUUUUGCUACUGACGGCGAAAUCCGAGCAAGGCUCGGAAUUUGCUGGCUUCCUUGCUUUAUUCUUCCUGCUCCUGGUAGUCGUGAUGGUGCAACUGAAAUGGCUCUUCAAUCUGGAAGGCCUCAGCCGCGUGUGUUCGAGUAUUUCGGAGGGUGUGAGGUUGCUGUUCAGCGUUUUCGAGAUGGAGCACACCAUCCUACGAGCAUGUUCACGAGCACCAAAGUUGGGAUGGUUCCUACAAUGCCAGAAAGGCUUCAAAGCUGGAGAUCCCAAAGCCGAGAUGGCAUUGGCACAGCCAGCACCUGAAGUGAGCUUCGGAAUCUUCUAUCCCUUUCGAUUCGGCUGCCCGCCGCUGCGGGUCUUCCAUGCAGGCUUAGUGUGCGAGCAGCUGUUACUGAACUGUGGGCAGUACUUGGUCGAAGCACUGGUGGUGGAAGACCCUCCCAGACGCCGCGUGGUGUUGCCACCGCUUCUGAAGUACUAUGCUGCUGACUUCGGCAGCUCUCCGUCGAACCUCGUCACCUUCGCUCAAUCGACACUGGAGGCCAUGCCGGAAGCCAUCGACCGCCUCUCUACAUACGGAGCAGUGAGCAGACGUGACGAGAUGCUUGGGUGUGCGGCCCCCGCUUUGGCUGUCCGCCUCGAGCAAUUGCGUGAGAAGGGCAGCUUCGCCUCCCUGGCUGCUUCCUUCUCCGACUUCGACUGGCACCUUGACGUGCCCAAG